AUGGACCCCUCUGACCCUCUUCUCAGUGAGCUCUGCUCAAUAUGCCACGUCAACCCCCCAAAAUACCGCUGUCCGCGCUGCUCAACACGCACCUGCUCUCUCCCCUGUACACGCCGCCAUAAACUCUGGUCGCAAUGUUCCGGUGUCCGUGAUCCAGCCGCAUACCUCAAGCGAAGCGAACUCGCCAGCGAAGCCGCAUUUGACAGGGACUUUAACUUUAUCACUGGCAUUGAGCGCACGCUGGAGCGCGCCGAGCGAGAUGUGGAAAAUCGGGGGAUUGAGUUGGCGCGCGGGCAGGUGGUGCCAGGUGAAGAGGGCCAGGACGAGGCAAGCGCAAGUGCUGCUGCUGGUGCAGGACGGAAGAGGAAGCAUCCCACGCAGGGCCUGGUGAAAGGUGAAGCUGCAUUCUUGCGUGGCGCGGAGGCUGGUCGGGUGAAGGUUCUUCGGGCGCCGAGGGGGAUGUCGAGGAAUAAGCAGAAUACGUCACGGUGGCAUCCUAAGCACAAGUGUCUCAGCUGGACGGUGGAAUGGAUUUCCGCCGCUGGGGAAAAGACUAUUCGCAAUGCGUUGGAGACAUACCCCAUCUCCGAGGUAUAUGACCGGGCUUUCCCACUUCCCAGGGAGGAGCGGCCCAGUACAGAGAAGAAAGAAAAAGAAGUUUCACAGGAGAAGACUGCUGCAGAGCAACCAUUAACAUCUCCCGCCACCGAGAAGCCCGAUGGCUCAGUGCCUCCAGCAACAACUACAGCCACGGAAUCCAAAGGCCCAGAAUCAACAACCCCAGAAGCAAACGAAACACCCACCGGACAAGCUGAGGAAACAGAACAAAAUCUCCCUGUGAUCCCACACCGCAAUCUCUACUUCUACCUGCACCGCCCAAGAACAACUACCAAAAAACCAGUGCUAGUCCCGCUCCCACCCACCGCAAAACUGGUAGCCGUGCUACAUGACCGUACAGUCCUCGAAUUCCCCACCAUCUACGCGCUCCCAGAGUCCCCUGAGAAAAUGCUCGAGUCGAAGGAGACAUCUCCGUUUAUUCUGGAAGAGGAAUAUCUUCGGACGGCUGCGCCGGAGGAAGUGGGUGAUAGAUCUACGGAUGGGGAGCAGGAGGGGACGACGGAGGCUGGAGAUGGUGCGGGGGGUGUGGAUUUAAAGGAUGUGGAUGAGGAGAAGGUUAUGGAAGUCUUGAGGCAGGAUUUGUUUGACAGUGUGUGA